AUGCGAACCGCUCCAAAAUGCACUGUCGAAUCCCGUGUCUCCGCACGUUUGGAGGAACCUACAGCAGCUUUCACGCGUCAGCACUCCCACUCGACCUCGAAAAUUUCCCUUCAGCGUGGGUCCGAUGGGUCUGUAUAUGGUUUCGGCCCCUCUUCUUUCCUUCGCGCAUCCACAAUCAAGCGCGAUUCUGCUGAUAGAAUCUCCUUGGUCCCCGCUGCCCCGACCCCAGGCGAGCAUUCCGGUCCAGAUGGGUUAAUUCUUGCUUCAGAGGCGUGUGAACAGCAGCAGAUCGGUUCAGAGGAGGCAUUGGCAUUGGCGCGGAGUGAGAACGUCUCCUUGAAGGAGGGUUCUGCGCGGCGCAAGCCUGACGCCACCAGCCAAUCCGAGGACGAGGAUUGGUCGGCGAAUCCUCUCACGCAAAACGGCUGUUUCGCCAAUUCGCCGCAGCGGGAGGAAGGGGAGAAGCUAGAAGUUGGCAGUACAGAGAAGGCGGAAGAGGAGCACGGGUCAACUGGCGGUCACGAUGAGGAGGAUGACUGGGUGUGGGACGAGCAGAAGUUCCUUCAAGCCAGAGCAAGAGGGAGGGAGUGCGCGCAGGACCUGCUUGCUGUGAUCGAGAGCAGAGAGCUUGAGUUUGGCGGCUGGUCUAGGAGCAGGCAAAGGUGCAGAAGCGGUUUCCGAUUUAAGAGCAGGAGGUUUGUACGAGGCAGGGCGAGAGGCGGGCUAUGCGGUGGUUUACAAAGCAGCUUAAGUUGCUGUCUAAGCAUCAGGAAGAGCUUCAACUGCAGAUUGAACAGCAGGCAGAGUGACUCUACUGCAUGCUUACCCUUGAGCUGCACGUUGCAGCAUGGGAGGCGGCGGGGGACUGGAGGGGUGGAGCUGAGUAGCAGCAAGCCUGUCAGGAGGAGAGCCGCUUUGCUGCGAGGCUUGCUGCCUGUGGUGACGCCUGACAGGAGACGAAGGAUGGGUGGGGGAAGUCGGGGCGGCAGUAGCAGCAGGUUUGGAGCGAGAUGGAUGGAUGGUGACUUGUUGGCUGUGCGCAGUGACAGGGAUGCAGCCCUGCAUCUGGUCAGUGCUCUUGAGACCGCUGCUGUGAGGGGACGAGCAGAGGAGCGAGGAGCAAAGAGGAGAGGAGCAAAGGGGAUAGGGGCGCAGGGGAUAGAAGCGAAUGGCAGAGGAGCAAAGGGGAAAGCGGGAAAUAAGAAGUUCAGGCGGCGCAGCAAGUGUUGUGCCACGAUUGAUCUCAGCCGUCGGAUCCUCCUCCAGCCCUCAUGCGUCUCGCCGCCCUCACUGCCUCCACCUUCCCUCCUCCUGCCUCGCAUUCCCCUCAUGCAUCUGAUUGCUCUCAAGCGUCAGGAAGUCAAUCGCUUCUUUGCUCUCCUCUUCCACGCCAUAGCAGCCUUCUCCCCUCAAGCCAUCGCUUCCUCCCCUUUCUCCUCUUCUUCCUCCUCCCCUACCUCCUCUCCUUCCUCCUCCUCUUCCUCCUCGCCUCCCUCCUCCCCUCGCACCGCACCGCCAGCCAUCCAUCUCUCCCGCUUUGACCUCUACCACUGCCACCUCUUUGCCGCCCACUCCUCCGGUCGCCUAGGUGCCCUAUGGUCCAUUGGCUCUGACACAUACCUGCCAGGAUCUCUUCACAUUCUUGAGACAACUCCAGAGUCCAUAUUGCAUGAAGAGCUGGUCUGUGAAGGGCUCAAGCUUACCCACACUAUCUAUGAGAGUAUCAUUAUUCUGCAAAGCAUGCUGGCCAUUGAAUUUAAUAUCUCUUUGAUCUGGGCCAAUCACAGGGUUCCGAACACCUCGACUCCACCCCGACCCCGAUCCCUGAUCUCAUCAAACCAGCUCACCCGCUCUCGGCUUUGGAUCAAUUCCCCAAAUUCGCCUGGGGAUUUCAUUUUCCAGUUCUGUUGCAGACUCUGGAUGGCGCCAUCAAAGAUCCUUCUUCUUGGUCUUGGCCUCGCGGCGCUGUUCGCCGUGGCGGCAGCCGAUGGCGAUUCCGAUGUUGUCACUCUGAACAAUGACAACUUUGACGAUUAUGUCGGCAAGGAGGAGGCCGCGUUUGUCAAGUUCUACGCUCCUUGGUGCGGUCACUGCAAGAAGCUGGCCCCAGAGUAUGAGAACUUCGCCACCGCGUUCAAGAAGACCAAGUCCGUCGUUAUCGCCAAGGUGGACUGCGACGAGCACAAGGAUCUGUGCAGCAAGUACAGUGUGAGCGGCUUCCCUACGCUCAAGUGGUUCCCGGCUGGCGAGUCCAAGCCCGAAGACUAUAGUGGCGGACGAGAGGCAUCGGAUCUGGUUGAGUUUGUCAACGAGAAGCUCGGGACACACGUGAAGAUCGCUGCACCUGUGUCGCAUGUGGUUACUCUCGACCCCUCUAACUUCGACAAGGUGGUUCUUGACACCACCAAGCACGCUCUCGUCGAGUUCUACGCACCUUGGUGCGGCCACUGCAAGUCUCUUGCUCCUACGUACGACAAGCUGGGCGCGGUGUUCAAGGCGGACAAGAACGUCGUCAUCGCCAAGGUGGACGCUGACUCGCACCGCUCCCUGGGCGAGAAGUACGGCGUGUCUGGCUUCCCGACGAUCAAGUGGUUCCCGGCGGGCAACAAGGACGGCGAGGACUACAACGAGGGGAGGGACCUGGCGGACUUCGUCAAGUUUAUCAACGAGAAGACCGGCACCAGCAGGACCGUCUCUGGCAGCCUCCUCGAGACGGCUGGGCGCAUCGCAGAGCUGGACGAGAUUGCUACUGCCUUUGCUGCGGCGAAGGAGGGAGAGAGGGCGGGUCUUAAGGCUAAGGCUGAGGCAGUGAAGGUGGCUGACGACAAGGCCAAGCACGCAGCCCUCUACGUCAAGGCCAUGAAGAACAUUAUUGAGAAGGGUGCUGACUAUGCUGAGAAGGAGGUGGCUCGCCUCACCCGCGUGCUUGCAGGGUCUCUCAAGCCAGAGAAGGCUGAUGACUUCACCAUUCGCAAGAACAUUCUUUCUGCCUUUGUUCAGGCCAAGUAG